UUUCUAUGACGGUUCAAUUAUGUUAAACAUUUCUCCGAGAUGCUCAAAGGAUGUUGUUGUGCAUGGCACAGACCAGGGCGAUUGUUCCGGAUCGAACUGCGGAUCCGAAACCUUGACGAAAAGAUUCCUUGUCGAACAACAGGUUGAAUCGCAUAUCGGUAUGACAGUGGCUGCGCGAACCAUAUAUCUACGAGCUGCGACGAAAUCAAUAAUCAGGCGCAUUAAAAGUGUAACGUGCCAGGAGUCUGCUGGAUGUCUACUGUUGCAAUUUGCCAUAACCUAACUGCAACAAUCCCAAGGAUCAUGUUGACGGAGGACGCAGCUCUGAACUUCAUCAUUGAAGCAGAGGAAGUGACGACUUUUGUCUGCGGCGAUGGUUCUUCUCGUCUGUGGAGAAUCUGCGGUAUGCGUUUGGCAUCGGGAAAUACACGAAAGCAUGUUUCUCGCAUUUCCCCGGCCUCCCGGACACGUCUCUCCAUUCAUUGGGACUGGACUCAUUGAAGAGCCUUUUCCCCGCUUGAAGGACGAUGAUCACAGUUUAACUUAGCGAAUUGACAUACCGAUACAGGGCGUAACCCCCCUGAUGCGAAGCGCCCAUUCUACGAACGGCCUUUUAUGGUGAUACAACUUCUUCAAUAACACUUUGCGGCUGGUGCUCACAGCUCCGCUGGUAUACCACAUCCUGUCCCGUCAAUUCAUACAUCAGAAUGCCCCUCCUUCCGAUGUGACCAAGAAUAUCAGUCGAGAGCAGUUAUAUGAGUGAAUGCUCAUUCUUGAACUGUAGCCUUAGCUUUCAAAUCAAAUCCGUCAACAUUGCUCUGCAAGUCAGACACAGUGAUUGGAACCAUGGAUACUGGCCAUUCCGCUGAUUCGCUGAUUGUCCCGAUCCUCUUACGGAAACAUGCUGACGGCUCGCUAAACUACACACGUAUACUUGCCACCCUCGCAGUAGUGUAUAUCGGAGUCCUUCUUCUGCAGGCCCUGGCCCGCGCGUUCACAUCUCCUCUUCGUCACGUUCCGGGACCAUCCUGGUCUCGCUUCACACGUCUGCCUUUGAAAAAGGCAAUCGUUAGUGGUCGUCGCAUCUUCUUCAUCGACGAUCUACACCGAAAAUACGGCGAUGUCGUCCGUAUUGCACCAGAUGAGGUCUCCGUGGCAGACGUCGACGGCUUCAAAAAAAUCCAUAGUGUAUCGUCCAAAUUCGUGAAAGACGGCUGGUAUGAGGAGCUCACGAUCUUCCCACGACAGAGCGUCUUCACGAUGCAGAACAAAGAGCUGCACAGUGCACGUAGAAAGCUGUUCGCGAAGGGCUUCAGCAAAACAUACCUUCGCGAGAAUUAUGAAGGAAUCAUCGCUGAGAAAGCGAGACUCGCGGUCGAGGGAAUCAAAAAACGAGCGCUUGCAGGCCCAGUGGAUAUUUUGCAAUGGUGGACAUUCUUAGCUACUGAUACCGUCGGUCAGCUCGGGUUUGGCGAAUCCUUCGGAAUGCUUGAAAAAGGAGAGAAAACAGACUAUAUUAUGACUCUUGAACGCGCUCUGGUUGGAAAUGGCAUAGGGGCGGAAAUGCCGUUGAUUCGUACUAUUGGCAGUUUACUUCCUGGGAAGGUGCCAAAGCAGAUGUUCAAAGCAACGGACUACAUCCUGGAGUACGGCCAGAAGGCUGUUGACAAUGCAAAGUCGCAGAAAAGCGAAACCAACUUGAUGGCGAACGUGCUCAAAGAAGCCGAGAAGGAGAACUCGUCGCUCGACGAUCUUGACGUGCGCGUAGAGGCCACUAGUUUGAUCUUUGCCGGAAGCGGCACGACCGCGAACACUUUGUCAUACUUCAUCUGGUCUGUUCUUAAAGAUCCUUCGCUACAGGAGAAAAUUGAGGACGAGGUCGCGAAAUUGCCUGCUGAUUUCAAGGAUGUCGAUUUGGAGAAGUUGCGAUGGAUGAAUGCCACGCUGGAGGAGACAUUGCGCUUGUACGCAGCUGUUCCCGGUUCGUUGCCUCGUAUUGUACCCAAGGGCGGCGUCACUAUCGCGGGGCAUUACAUUCCCGAGGGCACGACAGUCGGUACACAGGCGUACACUCUGCAUCGUAAGGAGGGCAUAUGGCCGGACGCUCAUUCUUUCAAACCUGAGCGCUGGUUGAAGGAGUCUGAUCUGUCUGCUGCGGCAAAGACGGUCAUGUCUGCCUUUGGUGCUGGUGCAUACACAUGUCUUGGGAUUCAUAUUGCGUACAUGGAGAUGAGAUACGCUGCGGCGUUAUUCUUCCGCGAGUGUAGAGGUGCAAAACUCGCUGCUUCGACCACCGACAAGAGCAUGGAGAUGCAGAAUUAUUUUGUCAUCACUCCAAAGAGUCAUAUGUGUGAGAUCACUCUUCAGUGA